UUUCGGGAAGGUUCUGUGUCGCACCAGCCUUUCCUUCCUCCGCCAGGGAAAUCCUGUCCGGUGCCCACUUUCACCGCUGCCUCCUGCUCUGCCUGCUCCUGUUUUCAGCAUGGUAAAGAAGAAUACUAUCCCUGAUGGAUGGCGGAGUUUGACACCUGUUGGACAGCCCAUACCAGGAACGAGAUUUAUUGCAUUCAAAGUACCUUUAAAAGGGGCAAUUAACCAGAGGCUUACCCCAACCCAGAAAUUUACACCAAAAGACUUAAUUGCUGCAAUGAAAGCCCUAAAUGUGGAGCUUGGAUUAAUUAUCGAUUUAACAUACACCACACGAUACUAUGAAGUUAAGGAUUUACCUAAAAGUGUGCAGUAUAAGAAACUUUAUACUGUUGGACUGGAAGUCCCUGAUAAUGCUACUAUCCUACAGUUCAAAAAGUGGGUCAGAAAAUUCCUUUGGGAAAAUGCAGGAAAUGAGAAACUCAUUGGCGUGCACUGUACUAAUGGAAUUAAUAGAACUGGCUAUCUUAUAUGUAGGUAUCUUAUAGAUGUUGAAGGCUGGGAUCCAGAGGCAGCAAUUCAGGCUUUUGGCGAUGCCAGAGGUCACCGCAUGGAUGGCCUUGUGUAUCUCAGAGAUCUCAGGACACAGCCGAUGCGAAGUAACCUUGGAAUGGAUGUAUGGGAUGCAGAUGAAGAUAUUAUCCCACCACCACAUGCAAUGGAAGGAUCUGUAGAGCGGUUCCCAAAUGAAGAUUUUCAGGGGUCUGGGAAAAGGUUAAGAAUUUAUGAUGACCACUCUCAAAAUGAUUUGCAAGGACAGAUGCAGUUGCGAGAUUUUGACUUCAUUAAUAAGGGGCCUGGACAAAGACGAAAAUCAUUUCAUGACCAUCAAAAUCAGGAUGAAUUAAGAGCAUCAGUGCAGAUGAGAAAUUGGGACUACAACAGGGGACCAGAACAAAGAGCCUUUACUGAUCACCAGUUUUAUGAUGAUUAUCAAGAAGACACACAGCUGAACGACCUAGAGUUCAGUAGCAAGAGACAUGGACAGAGUUUGAGACCUUUUCAUGGACACCAGUUUCAUGAUGAUUUGCAAGCAGACAGACAGUCUUUUGACUUCAACAGAGGACGGGAACAGAGGCAGAGAUCCUUUCCUGACCAUGCAUCUCCUAAUGAUUUGCAGGAAGACAGGCAGUCAAAGGAUUUUGAUUUCGGUGGAAGGGGCCAUGACCAGAGGCGAAAACUGUUCUAUGACCACCAAUCUCAUGAUGAAUUUCAGACUCAAAUGCAUUUUAAAGAAUUGGAAUCUGCCAGUAGAGGUCCUGGCCAAAGACUAAGAUCCUUCCAUGACUAUGAGUCACAUGAUGGCUUGCAGACACAGGUGCAAUUAGGAGAUUUUGAAUUUGUUAAGAGGGGUCGUGGGCAGAGGUUGAGACCUUAUAAUGAUCACCAGCCUCGCAGUGACUUAAAAACAGAGAUGCAACUGAAAGAUUAUAAUCAUAAAAGUCCUGGACAAAGGUGCAGACCUUUUCAUGAUGCUCAGCCUUAUGAUGGUUUACAGGAACAGACUCAAUCAAAAGAUUUUGAUUAUGGUAAUAAAGGGCAUGGACAAAGGCCGAGACCUUUUCGUGAUCAUCCAGGUCACAAUGACUUGGCACGUGAAUGGUGUUCAGACAGAAGUCAGUCCUUUCCUUCCCAUGAAAAUGUACCAGAACCUCAUUUCUCCUCAUCUCCUUCACUUCACAGAGAUUACGGGUCUGAUAAUGAUGACUUUAACAAAAAUUACAGUAAUCGACCACAUUGUCCUGAAGACAAUAGGAGAGUGCAUCCCUCAGAGGAAUUUAACAGAGGAAAAAACAGAUUUGCACCAUACUCUUCACGAACAAUGCACCCAUCUUCAUCCAUACACCAAGAAGAUAGUUCAACAGACUAUGAAAGAAAGCCUUUUCCGGGUGAAACUACCAGAAGCAUGGAACAAAGUAAAAGAUUACCAGUUGUAACAAUUGAUUACAAUUAUGGUCUGCCACUAGACUGUGGAUCUGUAGAGGAUGAGAGAUCCCAUUAUGAUUUACCACCAAGAGACCACUACAACUGGAACUGAAUAAAAAGGACAAUGUUUGCUCAGCUUAGAAUUGCUUUUACCCAUUUCAUUUUGUAUGUGGACCAAUUUUUUUUAAAGCAAAUUAGUUAAAUGAAAAUGUCAGUAAUGUCAGUAGUAAAGAACAGGUCUCCAUUGUAAGAUUAGCUUCUACUGAUACUUGGUUCUUUAAAUUUAUUAGGCUGUAUUUGUUAAGUGUUGUUGGAGACAAUGUCUCUGUACACAUGGAAUUAAAACAGUCCUUCCUUUUAGUAAAAUUGCAGCCCUGAAACAAACAACCCUUUAAAACAAACAACUUUCUGAGUGAUUGUGUUUGUUUUUUGUUUCAUAGUUCUUUAAAAUAUAUGUGAUUUCCAGAUGCAUAAUAAAUCUUAUCAGGUAAUGCAUAAUAAAUGCAUAAUAAAACACUAUCAGGUAGACUAGCACUGAAAUUAUAGGGCAAAUACUUAGAAAUGAAUGAAGCCAUGUUAUGUCCAAUUCAUCCUUUAAUUUGAAUACAGAACUUUGAACUACUGCUAAAAGUCAUUGCAGCACCACAAUUUACUUCCAUAUUAUCUGUACCAUCCAAUGAACUGACCUAGUUGCAUUCUUUUUCAUAGCAGAAUUUUUCCCAGAUUGCUAAGAACAUGUAAACAAGUGGAAUUUGAAUAUUCUAAAUGUCAGACUUGCUUUUCAGUAAUUGGAAUAGCUCAUCCUGAUUGUGUAUUUUUUUUUCCUGAUCCCUUAGGUUAUCUAUGUUCAGAAUAGUCCACUGCAGGUAAAUUUCACCAGUUUCUCAGCAACAGAUCCUAAGGAAGGUUGGCCAUGUGUGUCACCUUCACCGUCUCGACUGGCCAAGGGCACUGGUGCCUAUGUACUUACACCUCCUUGUUUGUCAGUCACAUCUGUCCUACUCCUCAGUUCUAUUGUUCACUAGUUUCUUACAGCAGAGCAAUGUAAUCAGAACAGAAAACGUACUUCUUCAGCUGAGCUCCUUUUAAGGGUCAUGUAUUGAACAGUCUCCUGAACUGCCUGUGGUUCUCACAAAGGUAGUGCAACAAACAGUAACUGAAUUUUUGCCAGCAGCUGCACGGUAGCACCAACAGCUCCUACUAUGGAUAAGGAAAUCAUUCCACAGGAUGGAAAAAAGUAUUACUAUAAUACUUAGGUAAAUUUAAAUACCUACAUUUUUCAUUAUUAUUACAUUUUAAUGAAGUAAUGCUGAAAAGGCAUCACAACAAAUAAGGAUAAAGGGAGAUUAUUAUAUUAAAAUAAACAAUUCAGUGCAAGCUACUUAAGCUUGUUAAGACACUGCCUUAAAAGCAAAGCUUUAAAGCAUUAAGCAAGAGGGUGUAGGUAUACAUUAGAAAACUGGGGAAAAAAACAUUUGUACCAAAACCCAGAAAGGUUUCUUUUGGCUUUUAGUGGCAGCAUAAAACCCAGAUUUCUGAAUUCGUGGUUCUGUACUAAUAAGAACUAGAUUGGAGUAUCUUGUAACUCCUGUUGUUUUGUAUCACAUGCAAACAAUUCUCCUAGUCAAAGGACUCCGUGGAUAUAAAUUCAUACUGCAAAUGCUUCAUUGCCUGUGCAACUGGUAGAACAACUUUGCCUUUGUUCAUUGUACAAAGUAAAUAGUUUUCUCAUUUUCACAGCAGCUUUGUAUUUCCCAUUAAAUUGUAUUUGCCAUCAAAUCUGAUGGUGAGCUUCAUUCAUGUGGUCUCAGGAAUGAAGCCUGUCUAUAUAAACUGGUUGUGGAACUUAACACUAAAUGUUACGAAAAGGCAUUUGUUCCUUUGCUUGCCUUUUAUUUUGUAAAUUGAGCUGUAAGAUGAGAAUCUUUUAUCUAGACUUCUUUAUUUGGAAGUAAGAAAGAUCUGCAACAUGGGCUUCUAUAGUGCUAGAUCCUGUUAAAAAAUCAACAAAAACCACCCUUCCUGGCAUUUUCCAGCAGGGACCCAAGAAUUACAGAUUGAUAUUACUUUAUAUAAAGCAUAAAGUGAAUAAAGAGCAGCAAACAUUUGCCCUUUGUAUUUUUGUUUUGGGGUUUGUUAUUUAGGAUUGCAGUGACCCUAGAGUCAAUCCUUUGCUACUUCAGACUGGAGAGCUGAAAAGCUGAUGCACUGGAAAGCUCAGUGAAGAAGAAACAUGGCAUGAGAAGUUAGGAUCAGCAGCAGCUCUUACCAGCCCUUGUCAGUUCCUGCAGGACCCUAUGAGGGUUCAGGUGCAAAAAUCCAGGUGGUGCAAUUCUGUUAUCUAACAAAAGAAACUUUCCUACCUGUGUUGAAUGUCUCUCUUCAGGGAAUAUUGUUAAACAUGAUGCUUCCACAAAUGGUUUUGAAAGGACUGUAUGGAAAUAGACAUAAUUUUAUUUAUUUAUUUAUUUAUAAUUUAGGAUAAAGCUUUCCACCUUAUUGUUCCUAAUGAAAUUAUGCAGAACUAAGCACAUAAUACAUUAUGAACUCCAGCUGACAUUUAUCUCAAAUUCCACAGUUGGUUCAUCACUGUGUAUUCACAUCUGUACUAUUUAAUUGCUAAUUAAAUUCACAUGGUAGAGAAUGAAAUGAGAUGUUUCUUGUUUUUUUAAGGGAAUAUUGUAUUACAGCAGCACUUAUAAAUAAAACACAAUACUUUUAUUUA